GUACCAAGAUGGCGGCAGAAGCAGCUGGUGGGAAGUACAGAAGCACAGUCAGCAAAAGCAAAGACCCCUCGGGGCUGCUCAUCUCUGUGAUCAGAACUCUGUCUACCAGUGAUGAUGUGGAAGACCGAGAAAAUGAGAAAGGGCGCCUUGAAGAAGCCUAUGAGAAGUGUGACCGUGACCUGGAUGAGUUGAUAGUGCAGCACUACACAGAGUUGACGACAGCCAUUCGCACGUACCAGAGCAUCACCGAGCGCAUCACCAACUCUCGAAAUAAAAUCAAGCAGGUGAAAGAGAAUCUGCUUUCAUGCAAGAUGCUGUUGCACUGCAAAAGGGAUGAGCUUCGGAAGUUGUGGAUUGAAGGAAUUGAGCAUAAGCAUGUCCUGAAUCUGCUGGAUGAAAUUGAGAACAUCAAGCAAGUGCCUCAAAAACUAGAACAGUGCAUGGUCAGCAAGCACUAUCUCAGUGCCACCGACAUGCUGGUGUCAGCAGUCGAGUCCUUGGAGGGCCCCCUGCUCCAGGUGGAGGGAUUGAGUGACCUUAGGUUGGAGCUUCAUAGCAAGAAGAUGAACCUCCAUUUGGUUCUCAUAGAUGAAUUGCACCGGCACCUGUACAUCAAAUCCACUAGCCGAGUUGUGCAGCAUAACAAGGAGAAAGGGAGAGUGAGCUCUCUUAUAAAAGAUGCUUCUCCUGUUCCUCUGAUUGAUGUUACAAACCUUCCUACUCCUCGAAAAUUCCUUGAUACCUCUCAGUAUUCUACUCCUGGAAGCUCAAGUGCAAGGGAAAUAAACCUGCAGGACAUCAAGGAGGAUUUGGAAUUGGAUCCAGAGGAGAAUAGCACCCUUUUUAUGGGCAUUCUCAUCAAAGGACUGGCCAAACUGAAGAAGAUUCCAGAGACAGUGAAGGCGAUCAAAGAGCGCUUGGAGCAGGAGUUGCAGCAGAUUGUGAAGAGGUCUACCACCCAGGUGGCAGACAGUGGCUAUCAGAGGGGAGAGAGCCUCACUGUGGAGAACCAGCCAAGGUUACUUCUAGAACUGCUGGAGUUGCUGUUUGACAAGUUUAACGCUGUAGCCACUGCACACUCUGUGGUCCUGGGGUACCUGCAAGACACUGUGGUAGCUCCAUUGACUCAGCAGGAAGAUGUCAAGCUGUAUGAUAUGGCGGACGUGUGGGUGAAGAUCCAAGAUGUUCUGCAGAUGCUGUUGACUGAGUACUUGGAUAUGAAAAAUACUCGUACGGCCUCUGAACCAUCAGCUCAACUAAGUUAUGCCAGCACUGGACGAGAUUUUGCAGCCUUUUUUGCCAAGAAGAAGCCUCAAAGGCCAAAAAAUUCUCUUUUUAAGUUCGAAUCCUCCUCCCAUGCCAUCAGCAUGAGCGCCUAUUUGCGAGAGCAGAGACGAGAGCUCUACAGUCGCAGUGGAGAACUUCAAGGCGGUCCUGAUGACAACUUAAUUGAAGGUGGAGGAACCAAAUUUGUCUGCAAACCUGGAGCCAGAAAUAUUACUGUCAUAUUCCAUCCAUUGCUAAGAUUUAUCCAGGAGAUUGAGCAUGCCCUGGGACUUGGCCCAGCCAAACAGUGCCCUCUUCGAGACUUUCUCACUGUGUACAUCAAGAACAUCUUCCUCAAUCAAGUCUUGGCAGAAAUCAACAAGGAGAUUGAAGGAGUCACCAAAACAUCUGACCCCUUGAAGAUCCUAGCUAAUGCAGACACCAUGAAGGUGAUGGGGGUGCAGCGGCCUCUUCUGCAGAGCACGAUCAUUGUGGAGAAGACAGUGCAAGACCUCAUGAACUUGAUGCAUGACCUGAGUGCAUACUCGGAUCAGUUCCUCAACAUGGUGUGUGUGAAGCUCCAGGAGUACAAGGACACCUGCACCACUGCCUGCAGGGGCAUUGUCCAGUCAGAGGAGAAACUUGUCAUCAGUGCAUCUUGGGCAAAAGAUGACGAUAUCAGCAGACUCUUGAAAUCUCUACCAAACUGGAUUAACAUGGCUCAACCCAAACAGCUGAGGCCAAAGAGAGAAGAGGAAGAAGAUUUCAUAAGGGCAGCCUUCGGCAAGGAGUCAGAAGUUCUUAUCGGGAACCUGGGUGACAAAUUAAUCCCUCCACAAGACAUCCUCCGUGAUGUCAGUGACCUCAAAGCAUUGGCCAACAUGCACGAAAGCCUGGAGUGGCUAGCAGGUCGGACAAAGUCAGCCUUCUCCAAUCUUUCUACAUCUCAGAUGUUGUCUCCUGCUCAAGAGAGCCAUAUGAACAUGGAUCUUCCUCCAGUGUCAGAGCAGAUCAUGCAGACUCUGAGUGAACUUGCCAAAUCCUUCCAGGAUAUGGCUGACCGCUGCUUGCUGGUCCUACAUCUGGAAGUCAGGGUUCACUGUUUCCACUAUCUCAUCCCCCUUGCAAAGGAGGGGAACUAUGCCAUUGUUGCUAAUGUGGAAAGUAUGGAUUAUGACCCUCUGGUGGUCAAGCUCAACAAAGACAUCAGUGCCAUUGAAGAGGCCAUGAGUGCCAGCCUUCAGCAGCACAAGUUCCAAUAUAUAUUUGAAGGCCUGGGUCACCUGAUCUCCUGCAUCCUCAUUAAUGGUGCCCAGUACUUCAGGCGCAUCAGUGAGUCCGGCAUCAAGAAGAUGUGUAGGAACAUCUUUGUCCUUCAGCAGAAUCUGACCAACAUCACCAUGUCACGGGAGGCCGACCUGGACUUUGCAAGUUGUAGCUGCUGUCAUUGUCCAGUGGCUGCCACUCUGGUAUCAGUGGCAGCUGCCAGCCUGUCAUCACUAUUGCUGCUGUCAUCACCAUCACAAACAAGCUGUUGCCUCUGCCACUGUCUUCCUGCUGCUAAUGGGACUGAUUGGCACCUCUCCAUGCCACAUCAAGGUGCAGAAGCUGCUCAUCACCCCAGGCUCUGAGCCAUCUGACACCCUUUACUGCCACUGCUCAUUACCACCCUCAUAGCGAUGACACCAGCUGGGGCCAGCCCAGCCCUGAGCUGGGUGGCUUUGCUGGUGAAGGGAGGGUGAUAGUCACCUUGCUACCUGCAGAAGCAGCUGGGCCUCUCAAUGAGACUGGACCUGGAGACUCCAAGAGCCCUACAUCUUUAAGGGUCAACCAGUUAGAGCACAGCAUCUCUCUUCUUUACUCGUCUCUGGAGUUGAUGAUAAUUUGAAACUUCUCCAAGCACAAUGGACAGCUUGGUCCACUUGCUUCUUGCCCUGUGCCUGCUUAGGUGCUCACAAUCAGCAAUACUAUGCUCUCCCUGACCAUACACCAAAUUUCCGUGCCGUGCAUUAAAAGUUAUGUUAAAACA